CGUGUGCCGUUGGCUUUAGCUGCCACGUGUAGUUUUCAGCUACGGCGAUAUAUCUUCUAGCCUUAACAAUGAACGGAUAGUCCGCUGUACAUUGGGACUCACUUUUGUUUUACUACACACGACUAUACAUUUUUCUUUCCGAGCAGGAGCAUUUCGUGCAGUCUCGGAGCACGCGCCUGCCGAGCUCGGUCACGUGACCGAUUACAUCUCUCACGCAUGUGUACCCGGUAAGGUAUUUAAACAUGACAAUUGUGAGAAGAUGCCGCCGGUUCACUGGGGCUUUCAGUCUGCUGUCACAUAACACGUAUUCCAGUCCCAAGCUGGCAAACCGCAUGGCUGUGAAUUUUGAACCGUGUACAAUGGUUCAUACUUGGUCCUCGUUGUGUUCAGCGCGUAAUAAGUACAAGUACGAAGCGAGUCCCAAUAUACAGCGGACUAGCUGCUCAUUGUUAAGGCUAGAAGAUACAUCGACUCGCGUCAAUUUGAUAGAUUCGCAGCAGAGGAGAUGCCUGAGCAUCGCCACAAAGCUAGUCAAUAAUGCCUCGCCAAAAGUACAGCCAUAUAUGAAACUUAUGAGGAUAGAUAAGCCGAUAGGAAGCUGGUUGCUGUUCUGGCCUUGCGGGUGGAGUAUCGCCUUGGCGGCUCCCGCCAGUGCCUUACCAGAUUUCUACAUGCUGGCGCUUUUCGGCACGGGCGCGUUUAUCAUGCGCGGCGCGGGAUGCACCAUAAAUGACAUGUGGGAUCAGGACAUUGACAAAAUGGUUACCAGAACGAAGGAGAGACCUUUGGUAACCGGUGAAAUAACUUCGAAACAAUCGUUAAUGUUUCUGGCCGGGCAAUUGAGCUUGGGACUGCUUGUAUUGCUGCAACUGAAUUGGUACAGCGUAUUUCUCGGUGCCAGCUCGCUAGGUCUAGUAAUAAUUUAUCCGCUAAUGAAAAGAAUAACGUACUGGCCGCAAUUAAUUCUGGGAAUGACUUUUAAUUGGGGCGCCUUACUGGGAUGGUCAGCUGUACAGGGAUCGUGCGACUGGUCUAUCUGCUUGCCUCUCUAUGUAGCCGGUAUUUGUUGGACUAUUCUGUAUGAUACAAUAUAUGCUCAUCAAGACCGAGUCGAUGACAUUCUGCUGGGUAUGAAGUCGACCGCUAUAAAAUUCGGGGAGGACACGAAAUUCUACUUGUCCGGUUUUGGAAUAGUAAUGAUUGCGAGUUUAAUCGCAUCCGGUGUAUUAGCUACCCAGACUUGGCCUUACUACACCACUGUUGGAUUAAUUGCAACGCAUAUUAGCAACCAGAUAUACACUUUGAACGUUAACGAUCCUACGGAUUGCGGCAAUAAGUUCAGAUCCAAUCACAAGGUAGGCAUGCUAUUGUUCCUUGGAAUUGUAUUAGGAAACUUGAUGAAAAAGCCGAUCGCGGAAAACAAGAACGGAACCAAAAAUACGAAGCCUGAAAUUGUCGUACUGUGAUGUAGAUGAAAUAAAAAGUAAGCGCGAUUUAUGAAUUUAAUACAAUUUUAAAUUACGUAAAAUAAAAGAAUAGAAAAAUUACAUUGGCAAAUAUUCCUUUAAUUCACAGGCAAUGUUAUAAUUUUCAAAUAUUUUGGAUUAAUUUCAUAGAUAGAAAUUCUUUGAUCUGAAUUGAUACAAAUUGACUAUAUUUUUGUAUAAAUUUCAUAUCUCUUAGUAUUAUCGCCUAUAGUAUUGUAGUCAAACCGCUAUACACGAUUAAACAAUCGUGUGUACCUUUCACUCAUACCUCAAGUGUACCUCCUAUGAGAUAGAAAAGAAUGGUUGUCAAGGUCCGAACAGAAUUGACAUCAGACAAUAGAGAUCUUAUUGGUGAUUGAUUGUGAUAGUAGAUACUUUUCAUUAUAUUAAAAUAAUGAAAUCCCUGUUGUAUUAUACUGUGACAACGCAAUGAUUGUAUUGUAUUCUCACAAUUAAUAAAAUGUAAAUAAAUCAAACGA